CAAGCUGGCAUGCCGCCGAAGUCGGUAAAACUAAAUGGUGGAGCCGCAUCGCAUGUCGCAUCCGCUGAUGAUUUCUCGUAUGCCGAUCUUGAUCUCAUUUUCCCUAUGGACGUGGAAAAUUCGGAUAGUUUCGAUAAGGUAUGCUAA